CGGCUACCAACACGGAAGUAUUUUGGCGACUGUCAUCAAGUCUAGAAAAUUUCCCGGUUUCCUAGUCCGACUGCGAUGAUCACGAAACUUCCGGUAUUUUGGAAAUGGUCAAAAUCCGACGUCGAUUACUCAUAUACAGAUUCCUUUAUGAUACCGUCGUAAUAUUUUGUGGAUAAAAAAUUAAAGGAAGACAGUGUCCCACUGCGCUGUGAUGGCCAGAUCAGGUAGUUUUGGAGACUCCCGUGAUCUUGACGCAGCCAUUCAAGAUAUCGGAAUGCAUCACAAGAGCCCCAGCACUGGCACCAUGUCAGUCAUCGGGUCUGGGGCGACUAUUGGCAGGGACCACCACCAUUCAGGACAUUCAGAGGUGCCUGAUGGUGCUGAACCACCCACGCCGUCAUCCGCCACCUCCACACCAUUGCACCCGUCACCAAGGGUGCGGGCCAGUCGGGGAAGUGUGGGUAGCCCAAUGUCUGAGAGUCGGCUGUUCACCCCCAUCACGGACAAGACGGCACCACCAACAACAUCUACACCUUCAUCUACGGCCACCAAGAUGUCAAAGAGAGAAUCGCUCAAGGUACAAAAGAAAAAUUAUCGGAGCCAGAAAAAGGCAGCUGCUAAGGAGUUACUGAGCACGCUCAAAGACCGCUCAGUGAUAGUUCUUGCUGAUUGGCUGAAGGUUCGCGGAUCGUUAAAAAGCUGGACCAAGUUGUGGUGUGUCCUCAAGCCUGGCUACCUGGUGUUGUACAAGAAUGAGAAGCAAAAGAGUAGUCACUGGGUUGGCACAGUCCUCCUCAACACAUGUCGACACAUCGAGCGGCCCUCAAAGAAGGAUGGUUUCUGUUUCAAACUGUUCCACCCCCUGGACCAGUCUAUAUGGGCCACAAAGGGUCCCAAAGGGGAGACAAUCGGUGCCUUUGUACAGCCUCUUCCCUAUUCCUACCUGAUAUUCCGAGCGCCAUCUGAGGCCGCAGGUAAGUGCUGGAUGGAUGCCCUGGAGCUUGCUCUCCGAUGUACCAGCCUGUUGAUGCGGUCCAUGACGAAGGACCGGGAAUUGCAAGCGGCAGAUGCAGACGUAGACGUAGACGCAGAUCAUGACACCAUGAUGGCCACAUUUGAGAACGAGACCGAUAACCUCAAUGAGAGUGACUGCGAAAAACACUUUGAAGGGCAAGGUCUAGACGAAGACAGUAAGACUGAUCGAGAGGAGGCCAACUGUGAUUCGGAGUCAAGCCAGUCAGAUUAUGAGAAUGACAAGACAUUUGAUGAAAAUGUUCGCCCACUGGAGAGUCAAUAUGUGGAGAAUUUUACUGAGGAACUUGGACUGCAAGGAGACACGUGCCAAACAGAAGAAGUGAAUGAUGAGAAUAAAAGCCUAAUCUGGACUCUAGUCAAACAGGUUCGUCCAGGUAUGGAUUUGUCAAAGGUUGUGCUGCCAACGUUUAUCUUAGAACCAAGGUCGUUCCUGGACAAACUCUCUGACUACUACUACCAUGCGGACCUGCUCUCAGAAGCUGUCCUGCAAGAAGACCCUCUAACCAGAUUGAAGUCCGUUGCCCGAUGGUACCUGUCAGGGUUCUACAAGAAACCCAAAGGAUUAAAGAAACCGUACAACCCGAUCAUCGGAGAAACUUUUCGAUGUUACUGGCAUCACCCCAAGACAAACAGCCGGACUUUCUAUGUCUCAGAACAGAUCUCCCACCAUCCUCCCGUGUCGGCCUUCUUCGUCACAAACAGGAGAGACGGCUUCAACAUCAGCGGCAGCAUCCUCGCCAAGUCCAAGUUCUAUGGCAACUCACUAUCCGCCAUGCUGGAUGGCACAGCCAAACUGACGUUCCUCAAGCGAGGGGAGGACUAUUUCAUCACAAUGCCAUAUGCCCAUUGUAAAGGUAUACUGAUCGGCACUCUCACCAUGGAGAUGGGUGGCAAGGUGACCUUGGAUUGCCCCAAGACAGGAUACAGAUGUGAACUAGAAUUCAAACUCAAGCCAUUCCUGGGUAGUGGCGAGGCAUCCAACCGGAUCACGGGCAAGCUGAAGCUGGGGCUGGACACCCUGUACACUCUGGAGGGGCACUGGGACCAUGAGAUCUACAUCAAGGACAAGUCCACAGGGGAACAAGAGUUGUUCUGGAACCCAACACCUGAGAUCAAGAGUCAGCGUCUGAAGAGAUACACCCUGCCCAUCGAGACACAAGGGGAGAUGGAGUCGGAGAGGCUGUGGAAGAAUGUCAGCGAUGCUGUGAUUGCGUCAGACAUGCACCGUGCCACACAGGAGAAACACUUCCUGGAAGAACGACAACGCAGCGGUGCGCGGGAACGGAAAGCCAAGCUGGAGGAGUGGAUACCCAAAUACUUCGAGCGAGAUGUGAUAACUGCUGACUGGAUUUACAGACAUAUUGAUAUGCGGCCAUGGGACCCAAGCAAUGAUUUAGUGCAAUAUGAAAAUGAGUAUAUAAUUCAAACACACACAAGACAUCGGACCCCUGUGGUUCGGACAAUGAGUAUUACUAGUCUGGAACAGAAACAUGAAAAGUCGGCUUUGAUGUUGGCCAAUAUUCCCAGAGUGCAAAGGUCAUCCAUGAGUCGACGAAGGGAUGAGAGCGGAAGUUCGACACCUGACCCUGAACAUCGCCAUGAGAGCGAUUCCUCCGAGUGCACAAACACAGGCAGCAGUCUGCACCAGUCUCCUAGCAACGGGAAGGUGCGCAUGUCGGAGGAGAACAUCAGCAAGCUGGUGGAGCCACUGCUGCAAGUCCAGCAGGAUAUCAACAAGUCCCUGAAGACCCUGCAGCAGCAGAUGUUUAAAGUCCAGCAGACUCAGGAGGCCCAGGCUACCAUGGUCGCACGCAGCACUGGGAGGGAGUGGGUCCUACUGGCCAUCGUGCUGGCCGCCCAGGUCGUGCUGCAGUGGCUGUUCAGGUAGAACCAGAGUCAUACAUGUUAGUACCAGAUUCAACUGGAAUAGUCUGGACUGUACAGACUCAUGCUGUGUGCGCUGGAUAAAACUGGAUUAAUCUGGACUGAACUGACUCAUGUUGAAGAGGGCACUGGAUAAUACUGGAUUAAUCUGGACUGUACAGACUCAUGCUGUGUGCGCUGGAUAAAACUGGAUUAAUCUGGACUGUACAGACUCAUGUUGAAGAGGGCACUGGAUAAAACUGGAUUAAUCUGCUCUGUACAGAUUCAUGUUGAAGAGGGCACUGGAUAAAACUGGAUUAAUCUGGACUGUACAGAUUCAUGUUGAAGAGGGCACUGGAUAAAACUGGAGUAAUCAGGACUGUACAGACUCAUGUGCGUGGAUAAAACUGGUGUGAUCUGAAAAGUGCAAUCUGACUUCAUACAAUGACAGGUCGACAAGAACUGGAUGGUGAAACUUAAAAUGACUGAAUUAUGUGACUACAAAACUGGCUUGGUCAGGUGGUGCAACUAUACUUCAUUGCAACAUUUCAGAGAUUAAAAUUCGUGUUUCCUAGAUGAAGCAAUGUGAUCUUACGUCAUUUGCUGUGUACAUAAACCAUGGAAUAAUAUUGACGAUACAGCAUCAUUUUGUUGCAAUGGAUAGUUGUGUGGGACAGUGAUUAUCAAGAUGAAGAGCAGGCAAGUGCUGGGAAAGUUCUCAAUGUGGAUGUGUUUUGUCAUGAGAGAGAUGUUGGGACACGGCUGAAUGAUAUUGCCCAUAUUGCAGACGUGAUGAAGUAGAUGAUAGUUGCAACAAAACUGCUUUGCUCGUUCCUUUAUACUUAUGCCACAACAAUUAUUUAUGUGAUUUUAUGCUCUUUGGUAUUUAGAAUUUAGGGUCACACACUUGACUUUGGAAGGAUGGAAAAUAGAUGAAAGUCGUCAAAUACCAGUGUUAGAUGUUUAGUAGUUACGAAAUAUGUCGUAACCCCCAGUGUAAAUAUAUGCUUGUGGCAGAGGUGAUCCGCAAAACCAUCGCAAACUCCUCUUGCAUUCCCCUUCUCAUAAAUAAAUUCAGAUAACUCUUAUCUGGACACUGAGUGUCACAAGUUGUUCAAAUGAACAAAGUUGAAAAAACACAAUAUGUUUCAAGACAGACGUAGAUCCUAACACAACGUGUCAGUGGCUGUUUUGACGAUGUGUUUCCUUUAAAACAAUGUGUCACACUCUGUUUAGAUCAACAUUGUUCCAAAAACACAAUGUGUUGUUAGACAGACAUUGAUCCCGUCACAAUGUGUCAGUAGCUGCGUAGACAGUUCCGAUGACACAAUGCCUUAAUUCCCUGGAACUGGAUGCAAGAUAACGCUAGAUGAUAACACUACUGGUGUUCUCACGCGAAGGACACAAGGGACACAUGAAAUGUACCGAGAUCAAGCGUACACAACAAUUGUUUCAGAGCAUGUCAUGCUGAUAUACACCGAAGAUGUACUGGUACGUCACCAACGGACAGAACUCUUCCAGGACUGAAACUCCUGUUUGACCUUGGCCUCGAGGUGCAAUCCCCUCCCAUGUGUUGUCAUUUGUCACCACUCGCCCCUUUCCGUAACCUGCAAGAAGACUCGUCCCCCUAUCGAUGAAUGUUAUGUGCGAAAAUACGACAAACCAAUGGGAAUGCGUGUAUGAUUUCAAGUUCUUUGUCAAAGA